AUGUGUGGCCGUUUUGCUCUAGGAUUGGCUUUGAACGAAUUGCCUAAGGAAUUCGGUCGAACAGUUUUACGUGACCAGGCAAACGAAAUUCAACAAGAAAGGGACACGAAUGAUGGAAAUCAUAGCUACAGUAUCCGUGGCUCGGAGGAUGACAUGAAAUUUCAAUUGAAUGUGGCAAAAGUGACUGAUUGGUAUCCAUCAUACAAUAUUGCACCAACCAAUUCAGCAUUGAUAAUAUACAUGAUGGAUUCUGGUACACAAUUCAAUGCCAAAUAUAUUUUAGAGCCUCUGAAAUUUGGAAUUGUACCGGCUUGGGCAAAGCCUUCGGAUUCGACCCCUGUUGGCAAAGGGACCGGCAAGGAAGGCAGUAAAUAUUCUCGAGAGCUAGGGAGAAUUCAGGCCAAGUAUUUCAAUUGCAGACGUGAGUCAUUGAAACAAGCAAAGUCACUUUGGAAUUCAUGCAAGAACAAUAGGUGUGUGAUUCCGAUACAGGGUUAUUUCGAAUGGAUGAAAACAAACUCUGACAAAAUCCCAUAUUUUGUUCAUUCUAAAACAGUUCCAUUGUGCUUUUUAGCGGGAUUCUACUCGCAUAAUUACAAUUAUACCGAGAAUCAAAAUGUCAGCGGUGAAUAUUUAUCAACAUUUACAGUCAUCACUGUUCCGGCGGUAAAAGAAGAUGCUAAUGACAUGUCUUGGCUACACAACAGGAAGCCGAUGCUAAUUGCGGCAGGGACGAAGGCGUGGUAUGACUGGUUAAAUCCUAAGAUACCUUGGAACGAGAAAUUGGUUGAAACAGUUUUGAACUCGACCACAAACGAAGCAUACGCUGAUAUUGAAGUGUAUCAGGUUACAAAGGAGGUUGGUAACUCAAGUAAUGAUGGCGAGAAUAUGAUCAAAAAGAUAAAUUCCAAAAAACAGUCUUCCCUUAGUCAUUUUUUAGGUUCUCAAAAAGGGAAACGUAAAGCUAAACCAACUUCACACUUCAGUCCAGUCAAACCAGAAACAGAGGUAAAACAGGAGUUCGAAGAAGAAGGAGUCCCAAAGAAGAGGGUCAAGUCAGAGCCUUUGAGUUCACCAAAGAAAAGGAAGAAAGUUCCUGGUGAUUUGUUCGAAGUGAAAAAAGAAGUUUGA